CUGUACAACACAACACUUUCUUCACAAGCGGCUGUAGCUCAGAGACGUUCUGGUACCCCAAGAAAUCAUUUUCACUUUCUUCUGAAGAACAGAACAUUCUGGAAGAUAAAGAACAUGGAGAAUGUAACCCAAUACGAGAUAUACGAUAGCGAGGUGACAGAUUAUGAACUUGAAGAGCCCUGUAACCUCAACCCAGGAGGGGCCCUCACCCAAACCAUCAUCUACUCCAUCAUCUCUGUCUUCGGCCUGAUCGGUAACAUUCUUGUGAUGGUCACUUACGUCUUCUACAAGAGAGCCAAGACAAUGACAGAUGUCUAUCUCUUCAACGUGGCUGUGGCAGACCUCAUCUUUGUGCUGGCUCUGCCACUCAUCAUGUACAACGAGCACAACCAUUGGCCCAUGGGUAAUGUGGCCUGCAAGAUGCUUGGGUCGGCCUACAGCAUCAACCUGUACAGUGGCAUGCUGCUGCUUGCGUGCAUCAGCUGUGACCGUUAUGUGGCCAUAGUCCAGGCUAGACGCUCGUUUGGAUCUCGCGCCCACGCUCUGACCUACAGCCGUCUUAUCUGCUCAGCUGUCUGGCUGUUUGCUGUGGCUUUGACUCUGCCCACACUCAUCUACACUGAGCUCUUAGAAGAAGAGGAUAGAAUGACUGAGACUCAAAUGGUGACGUGUCAGCUGAAUUUUCAUACAGAAGACACAGCAAAGCUAAUGAAGGUGAUGGUGCCCAGUCUCCAAAUGGCCAUCGGCUUCCUGUUACCCCUGUUUGUGAUGGUUUUCUGCUACUCGUGCAUCGUGUACACCUUGCUGCGAGCGCAGAGCAGCCAGAGGCACAAGGCCAUCCGGGUGAUCUUGGCAGUUGUUGUGGUUUUUGUUGCGUGCCACCUUCCCUACAACAUGACUCUGCUGAUUCACACCAUGUUUCUCUUCAAGCUGAGAGACUGUGAAGAAGAGUUGAUAAAACUCCAAGUUCUGGCCAUCUCUAGGAGUGUUGCGUUCCUCCACUGCAGCCUCAAUCCCAUCCUCUACGCCUUCAUCGGAGUGAAGUUCAGGAAGCACUUCCUGCAAAUAAUAUCAGAUCUUUGGUGCAUUGGCAAAAAGUUCAUCUACCCUAGUCGCUCCUCACGGGGAACGCCUGAAGUCUGCACGAUGAGGAGCUCAGAGGGCUCCAACAACAUCUCAUCAUUCAGUGCAUAACAGAAGCCAAUAGGGCUGUCAAAUGAUUAAAAUGUUUCAUCAGAUUAAUCACUGCUUACUAAUUAAUCAUGAUUAAUCCUCAGGUAAUAACUUCCUACCUGAUAUGUGAUAAUGUGAUAUUAUAACAUGUUUUAAAGGAACAUAUCUCAUUUCUGGCUGUAAAAUGCAUACAUAAAACCCUUGAAAUAGCAUGUUAUAUUCCAGGAAGGAGAUGGAACACACCUGAGAAAAUAUAUUAAUUACAAAAAGGAUCAAUUAAAUCUUACAUUUCUCAUUUUGAAAUAGUUGUUUGGGGAGAUGCAUGUUAGCUAACAAAGGUGGGUAAUUCUUAACAGAAUCUUGUCAAUACAAAUGUUUGAAGAAAAAGAAGCAUCUUGUUUAAAAAUGGAAUUUAUUUUCCCUAUGAGUCCAGGCAUGUAUGGAAGCCCAUUCCUGCCAAUUGUAAAUUAAAAUUAUUGACAAAGUUUCUCAUAAUUAUGAGAUUUAAACUGAUAAUAAAAGACACCGUUAUGAUGGACAGAUGAAGUUUCAUGAAGCACUGACACUUUACAGCAAACUGGUUCAACAAAGGGUUCAUUUCUCGAGGCUUCAGAAGCCACCUGCUGGGCAAAGUGUGUAAAACAGGCGGUUUUUCUCUUAACCAUGUAAUCUGUUACAUGCUGUUGUAAUCUUCUGGCCUUAUCAGAAUCAUGUUCUUACCAACUUAAAUAAACAAUUUAUACAUCCAUAUGUGUAUGUAUGUGUGUAUACAUCCCAUGAAUAUUUUUAUCUCAUAAUAUGAAUAAUAUGACUUUGAAUCUCAUAAUUAUCAUUUUAAAUCCCAUAAGUUUGAGAUAUUUUCUAUUUUUUUUAAUUUACAAGUGGUAGGAAUGAGCUUCCAUAUCAUGAGUCAAAGAAAUAAAGCUAAGUACUAAAUGAAACAGGAUUAUUAUGAACCGAGAAACAACACAAACAUUUUGAUGUUUUUUUAUUUGGGGGAAAAAGUUAAAAGCUGCUCAGUACAUGUCUGUACAUAGCAUUUUAUUUUCUGACACUGUAGAACAAAAUCUCAUAACAGAAGUGGAAAGUGGAAGUCUGCAGAAAAGUUGAUUUUUUUGUUCAUUUUCAUGCUUUUGUGAACUUAUCUAAUAAAAUGGAUGUAAGUGGAAAACCUGGUUCAUUAUAACAAUAUUAUCACCAUAUAUAGUCUUUAGUUCUCUUGUUUAUUGAUUUUACCAUGUUUUAUAAAAAUAAUUUGUUUUAACUUUUCAGAACUGUAUCAUACUCUCUUAAUGUUGAAAUGUUGUGUGUUUUUUUAACAACAUUUUGUAUUUGAAUGAA